AUGGCAGCAGCAACCUGGAAAAUGUCAGUAUUAGCAAAUGAAUAAAACAAAGAAGAAUUUUCUAAACUACUACUCCCUGGGAUAAAAUUAACGUUUAUUUUAUUGUACAGAAAUUUAUUUAUCUAUCUUUGAGUCUAAGUUGAAGCUUCGGCAGUCGGACGUUGACUUAAAAACUGUGUUGUCCAGAGUCUGUGAAAGAUAAACCACGUAUUGUAUGGUAGCUGGUUAGCCAGCUAGCUGGAAGCCUUAUCAAAGCUACUGAAACUUUUCAACCCCAGCAGAAGGAAAUGGACUCAGACGUUUUGUCGGACAUCACCAGAGAUGACCCAUUACCCCUGGCAUCGCUGCGCCUCCUGGUGCCCCCUCUGCAGCUCAUGGCAGCCUCUAUGUGGCAGGUGUUGAGGAAACGAGACGUUAUGAGCUACUGGAAGGUGUCAGACUUUGUGUCGCUGGUGGUGGACAUGGUCCCGGAGCUCCUGAUGGACAAACAUAGGACUCAACUGAAUUUAGGGUUAAGAGCUAGGUAUAUUAUUGAGUUAUGCCGUAAUGAGCAUUCCAGUGAGAUGAUUCUGUCUUACCUGGAGAAGAUGACGUCACCACAUCCCUCACUGAUAAGACAAUCAGAUGACGAGUCGGUGAAAAUGAAUUUUCUUGAGUUGAUUCAAAUUCUUCUCAAAGAUCCGGAAGAAAGAAAGCUCUUUUUCAUGGACAUCUUUCCUGCAGAGUAUGGCCCUCAGUAUGACAGUGACUUGCAGACACUGUUUGCAGAGUUUCUCCGCCGACUGUUUCAGCUGGUUCCGGUCCCUGACCUGGAGCAGACUGUGUCCUGGCUUGGAGCGGAGUGCUCUCUGUUGGAAGACUGUUUGCAGACCGUCUCUGAACCCACAGACCUGAACAAUCUACUGCAGCACCACAAGAACCUUGGGCACUUACACCAACAUGUUCCACCUGCUAGUAUGGGCGACAACAUCUCUUCCUCACUUUCUGCCCUUCCCCCGAGGAGACUGGUGGAAACCAGCGAACAACCCGACCAGUCGGACCCACUUCAGGACCUCCACGUCGAAACACAACUUGCGGCAGAGAUAGUGGAAAUAGUUACAGUAUCUGAUUACUCUGAGGUUGAAAUAGGUGCGAGCGCCAACGUUGAAGUGGUGACAGAAGAAAACUGCUUUGAAGGAAGAGAAGACACAGUAGGGGAACGUUCUGUGGUUGUGUAUUUGGAGAAGACGAGCGAAGAAGAGCCAAAAAGAGAAGCGACCGAACUUCCAUCCUCUUCUCAGCACACAGCUGCCGCAGGACCACAUGACUGCCCCCACUGUGAGAAGAAAUUUAAGUUUGCCUCCUCGCUGCUGGCGCACAGCGUCAUCCACACUGGAGAACGCCCCCAUCGCUGCACUGACUGCGGCCGCCGCUUCUCCUUUAGGCAGUCCCUCGACAGACACAGACGCACACACAGAAAGGGAUGCACGUAUGACUGCGUGGGCACGGCCUGCAUGCCGCACAGGCAAACGCACACAGAACAUGGCGUGCACUCGUGCCGUCUCUGCAACGUGGAAUUUAGCUGUAAGCUGCCCCUCGCAAGUCACUUAAAGACCCACUCUGACGAUGGCAGCUCAGACAAACUCAGAGAACGCGUAGAGCGUGGGCCAGAAACCGAUAAGGCUGCGGAUGUCAGCGAAGCGAAUGCUGAACACACUGAUCCAGACUGUCCGGUGGAAACAGGCGAUCGCCCAUUCUCUGAAUCCAUACGAGACAACGGUGUCAGACCACAGAAUGUCCGCACAAGUGGACGCAAACGUCGACCCACAAUGAAGAUCCAGGCGAUAAAUUUACAGAAGCACAUGGCCAUUAAUCAAAGGAACAAGUGCAGCAGGGUGAAUCCCUCAGCACUGAGACCUUUACCUGUCAUCAGUUCGGAGCACUCCUAUGGAUCGCCUGUGGUCUCAAAGCAAGGUGGUGAAAGUUCUCCAGCGGAUGCCUCGGUAGUUGCUUUCUCCUGCCCUCAAUGCUCCUUCCAGGACUCUGAGGAAGGGCAGGCCCUACAGCACAUCCAGAAGGUGCACCCCACUGAUGCCGCAGAUCAACACAGACACUUAAGCUGCUCAGAUUGUGGGAAGGUCUUCAGGUUCCACUCCUUACUUAAAGCCCACCAGCGCGUGCACACAGGCGAGCAGCCAUUUUCAUGCUCCCAGUGUGGACGGCAGUUCUCCUUCAAACAGUCCCUGGAGCGGCAUAAGCAGACGCACUCGUCUGGAAAGAAGUUGUCGUGUCUGAUCUGCGGGGCGCUCUUCAAGUCAGCAACGGAACAAGCUAGGCACAACAACGGCCACUUAGAGGACAAGAACUACCAGUGUUCAGAGUGCGGUCAGACGUUCAGCUGGAGGGCUGCAUUUGUGAAGCACCUCAAGACCCACGGAGUGGAUGCUGGCGAAGUGGAAGACUCGUUUAAGUGCUCUCACUGCAACCUGGGCUUUAACUGUGAAGGACACCUGAACAAGCACAUCCUUACCCACAAAGAGGAAAAACCUCACAGCUGCAACUGUGGGAAGAGUUUUCCUUACCGGGCGGCUCUCACCGCUCACCAACGGACACAUCGAGAGCGGCCGCACAUAUGCACGCAGUGUGGGAAGGGCUUCCUCUAUAAGGGCGGCUUGUUGAGCCACAUGAAGAUCCACUCUGAAGAAAUGCCCUUCAUGUGCUCGUUCUGUGGCAAGAGCUUCAAGAGGGAGCGCAACAUGAAGAAGCACGAGCGCUGCCACACCAGGGAAAACGUCUUCCGCUGCACACAGUGCGACAAGAGCUUUGUGUACAAGGCCACCUUGAUCAGACACGAGCUGACGCAUUCGGGCGAGAGGCCGUACCUUUGCUCUGACUGCGGCAAGGGUUUCUUCUCGCAUGCAGAGCUCUUAAAGCACGAGCGCUUCCACACAGGCCACAAGCCAUUCCAGUGUCCUCACUGUGGCAAGAAAUUCACCCAGUCCUGCUACCUGACCAUCCAUCUGCGCUACCACACCGGGGCCCGGCCAUACUCCUGCUCUGAAUGCGACAAGAGCUUUCUGAGUGCCAACCGGCUAAAGAGACACCAGCGGACGCACUCUGGAGAAAAACCGUAUCUGUGUUUAGAGUGUGGAAAGGGUUUCCGGCAGUCUUAUCAUCUUAAAACGCAUCUGAGGACACAUCUGUCAUAAAUACACCUACAGACUCUUUCAAGGUUUAGAUAUAUUUCUUUGCACAAUUUCUCUAAAGCCUAGGUUCUCACACUGUUCUUCUAAUCUGGUUUACAACAGAGCUAAUUGUCUGUGUUGCAGAGCUAAUAAAACCUAGCUAAAAACA